UCCGAUAAACCUUCUUUUAAUAACUCUCCCUCAACUGCUUCUUCUCAUCAAAAAUCUUCUAGAAUUGUUCAAUCACUUUUAUCUUCUGUUUUACAAUUGGCUUCAAGUACGAACUCGACUGUAGAAUUCACAAAACGUGAAUUUGUAAAUUCACAGAUGGUUCAAUCAAAUAAAAAAUCCUUAUUAUCCGAAAUGUUAAAAAAACAAGUUGAUACAAAGGGAAACUCCAUAAUAAAUGCUACGACCACAACUGGCAAUGAAACUCCCAUAAAAAAAGAAAGAGUCCUAAAGUUCGGUAAUUGCCCGUUAGUGGUUCGCGAAAGAUCUUCAACUCAUACAAAUGAUGAUUCUUCUUCAAAACCAAAUUUAUCUGCCGACGAACCUUCGCAAACAACUUCGACAGUAGUGAUGCAUAAACGCACAAAUCUUCUUUCUCCAUUACCUAUAACUACGACCGAAUCCCCAACUUCUUCUCAUUCUACUACAUCACAUUAUUCUACUGCCGUAUCAAUAUUAACACCUACAAACACUACUACUACAAUUCAUUAUUAUAAAUCAAAAUCAUUACCGUAUCCAAGAAAUGGUAUUAUUAUGAAUACACAACCUGUAAAUUUAAGCAAAAAAGGAAUUCCUAUACCAUUAUAUAAUCAUUAUGGCAAUAAGGAUAAAUUAUAUAGACGAAGAUCAUGUCAUCGCCAUAGUCAUCAUGGCGAUGGAAAAAAUCAUGAUAAAAAGUUGGAUUUAGAACGGACAAAAGAUGAUGAUAUAUUAUUUUGGCCAAUGUCAACUUAA